CAAAUUCCCAAUCGCUCGCGGCAACAUCCCAUCCAAACUCUCGUCGUUUACCACCGAAAAAUCUCAACUUUCUCCCUCCCUCACCCCCCCCCCCCCCUUUUUCUCUCUCUCUCUCUAGGGUUUUUGGGUACAAUUCGACAUGGCCGGCGCUGGGAUCCACCCACACCACCAGCAAUGGCCUCCCGCAGCUGCCGCUCCUCAUCCGCCUCCUCCGGCUGUCGGCUCCAUCGCUCCUCCUCCUCACCACCUCGUCGACAACCCAAACCGAGCCGUUACCGAAGAGGUCCGCACCAUAUUCAUCACUGGUCUUCCAGAGGAUGUGAAGGAGAGAGAGAUACAGAACCUCCUGAGAUGGCUGCCGGGAUACGAGGCCUCGCAGGUCAACAACAAAGGCGAGAAGCCUAUGAGUUUCGCUCUCUUUUCCACUGCUCAGGAAGCCAUUGCUGCCAAAGACGCCCUUCAGGGUAUGAUUUUCGAUUCGGAGUCGAAGGCGGUGCUGCACACGGAGUUGGCGAAGAAGAAUCUUUUUGUUAAAAGAGGAAUUGUAGCUGAUACAGGUGCUUAUGAUCAAAGUAAACGAUUGCGAACUUGUGGUGACUACUCACAGGCUGGUUAUAGUAGUCCAUCUCCUUUUCAUCCUCCUCCUCCACCUGUUUGGGGGCCACAUGGGUAUAUGGCUCCACCACCUCCUACGUAUGAUCCAUAUGGUGGUUAUCCUGUUCCUCCAAUACCAAUGCACCCUCCUCCUGUACCAGCACCAGCACCAAGUAGUUAUGUACCUGUUCUGAACACUAAAGAUAACCCACCAUGCAAUACCUUAUUUAUUGGAAAUCUGGGAGAGAGCAUUAAUGAGGAAGAAUUGAGGGGCCUUUUCAGCUCACAACCUGGAUUUAAGCAAAUGAAGGUCCUAAGACAAGAAAGGCAUACUGUUUGUUUCAUUGAGUUUGAAGAUGUGAACAGUGCCACCAAUGUACACCAGGCUUUGCAGGGUGCUGUUAUCCCCAGUUCUGGUUCUGUAGGCAUGAGAAUACAAUAUUCGAAGAACCCAUUUGGGAGAAGGAAGGAUGGAAACCACCCUGGUGCUGUCCCUACUGCUAAUGGAGCUCCGCCGGCUAUGACAUACCAGUAGCUUGAAAGGGGAUGUACUCUGUUCCUUAUGCUACAGAAACACAACCACAUGAUAGGAUGCAUCUUGCAGCUGUUGCAUGCAUCCAUUUCAUAGUCACGUCAUCAGCAUUAGCAUCUCUCCUCCUGUGAAUGAAUGCACAUAGUGGCAUCAUGAACAUACCAUUUGGCCAUGUUAGAACGUGUUUGUGACAUGCAUUUUCAGCAGUAUGUGUUAAUGCCUGGAUAUUAGGGGCUCAAAUAUUGUUAUCAUCUUAUACCGUAUUUGUGACAUGCAUAUUUCAGCAGUAUAUCUGUUAAUGCAAUAUUAGGGGCAGUAAUAUGGUUAUCAUCUGUAGGGUGGUGCAUGGGGCUGCAGAUUUGUUAGAUUGGAGUGUUUUUUUGCUUUAUAUUAAAUUGUUGCACGUUGAAAUUAGGAAGGUGUCCACAUAGACAUCUAGCCACUUUUACAUCUUUUUUGUUUACAUAGGUUUUGAGAUUCAAUUAUCUUAACCAAUCAUCUGAAGGUGUUCCUCAGUUCUGUUUCAUGGCAUAACUUUCAUUCGGAUGUGGAUACUUAGGAAAACAUGCCAUUAAUUGUCAUGUUUUCCUUUCCAUCACCUUUGUCAUUUCCAUUCCCACGACAUUCUAAUAACUUAGACUAACCAUAAGUCAUCGUUUAAGCGAGGAGUUAGACAUGCAGUUUUACCAUUCAAGAUGUUCGAAGCAUGGCUUUUCAGUAAGACGUUGGGUAUUAUAUAUGCUGUGUGGUUUAUAUACAGGAUUUUCCAAUACAAAAUGAGAAUGCACUAUACAUUUGAGGAGGUCUGGUGUCUGCAGCUGCUCGUUUGUUUCAGGUAAUGUUCACUUCACUAGGCAAAGGUUACUGUCGGUCACCACUUAUUGAGGUUUUUAACAUCCAGCAUGAAGUUUUCUUGUGCCUCGGGUUAAGCUGUCUUGAGAUUAGUAGGUAUCUUGACAUUUAUCGAUGAGGGGAAACACAUUUUGCACAUUACAAGUUUGAAGCAAAUAUGAUCGAACUAUGCGUUGGUCCUUGAGUGCCAUUGAUUACUUAUAAGUGAAAUGAGUUAUAAGUUGUGAAGACUUGAUGGAAAUUUCCAUUGAGAGGAAAAGAAGAAAGAAUAUUCUUUUGCUCCCAA